AUGGCAACUCACAACAUCGUGGUUUUUGGUGGUGAUCACUGUGGUCCUGAGGUCGUGGCAGAAGCUAUUAAAGUCCUGAAAGUUGUAGAAAGCGAUAGACCAUCAGCGGGAAAGUUCAAUUUCCAAGAACAUCUCUUGGGCGGUUGCUCAAUUGACGCUCACGGUGAACCCCUCACAACCGAAGCUCUCGAAGCUGCCAAAAAUGCAGAUGCUGUUCUCCUCGGCGCAAUCGGUGGCCCCAAAUGGGGAACUGGAAAAGUACGCCCUGAACAGGGAAUCCUCGCUCUCCGCAAACAAAUGGGCACAUACGGAAACCUCCGUCCCUGUAAUUUCGCAUCACCUACAUUGACCGAAAUCUCCCCUUUAAAAGAAAAGGUCUGCGAAGGCGUCGAUUUCUGUAUCGUGCGAGAAUUGACCGGAGGUAUUUAUUUCGGAGAGAGGAAAGAGGAUGAGGGGGAUGGAAAGGCUUGGGAUACAGAACCAUAUUCCAGAGAGGAGAUUGAGCGUGUGACUAGAUUGGCUGCUAAUCUUGCACUUGCGCAAGAUCCUCCAGCACCCGUGUGGAGUUUGGAUAAGGCAAAUGUUCUUGCGACUUCGAGAUUAUGGCGUAAAACUGUUACGGAUGUUAUGGCGGCGGAAUUCCCCCAGUUGAAGAUUGGACAUCAUCUCAUUGAUAGUGCGGCCAUGUUGAUGGUGAAGGAUCCAAGAAAGUUGAACGGCAUUGUGGUGACGAGUAAUUUGUUUGGAGAUAUUAUUAGUGACGAGGCUAGUGUUAUUCCGGGUAGUAUUGGACUUUUGCCAAGUGCAAGUUUGAGUGGUGUGCCGGAUGGAAAGAGCAAGUGUAAUGGUAUUUACGAGCCAAUUCACGGCUCCGCUCCGGAUAUCAGCGGAAAAGGCAUCGUCAACCCCAUCGGUACCAUCCUUUCCGUCGCGAUGAUGCUCAAAUACUCUCUCAACCUCCCUGUCGAAGCUAAAGCCGUCGAAGAAGCUGUCCGCAGAACUAUCGAAAAGGGUGUCAGAACUGCCGAUAUCGGUGGUUCAAAUAAGACUGUCGAAGUAGGUGAUGCUGUAGUUGAGGAAUUGAAGAAAGUUUUGAAGGAGCUUUAA